CUGUGUACCUCGCUUCCCGUACCUGAGAGAUGGCCAACGCAAAGGGAAAAGGCAAAGGAAAGAAAGGGAAGGGAAAAGGUCGAGCGAAGUCAACGCCUGGCGAAAGGAAAUCUCAGGCUUCGGGUGAAGAGUCACUGCUGGAGAAGGGCACAGUCGAUGCACUCUUGGAACAGGCUCGCAAAGCGGGAGAUCCUUUUCUCGCCGUAACGUUGUACCAAAAGGUGCUGGAAGCGAGGCCUGAUGACACCAGUAUCAUGGGCGAGGCAGCGGACCUCAUGCUACACGCGGGGGAGCCGGCAGCGGCAAAGGAGGUGUUGGCUCGAAGUAUCUUGCUGGGGCCGGAGGAAGGGCCGGAUAAGUACUUAUACAUGGCCCAGCUGCACGAGGGCAGAGAGGCCCUGGGGCACUACGAGAAGGGGCUGGAGUUGUUGCGAAAGCAACUCGCCGACGGCGGUGGUGCUGGCGGGACUAAGGAGGCCGAGGCUGCGUUGCGACAGCGAGCUUGCAUGGCGUACUGCAGCGUCGCGGAACUCUUCAUGACGGAUCUUUGUUUCGAAGAAGACGCUGAAACACGCUGUCAGGAUGCUCUAGAUGGGAGCAUAAGAUAUGACUACGGUGGACCCGAGCCGCUGAAUGCCGUGGCAAAUCUUCGCCUUAGCCAAAGCAGGCCCGAGGAAGCGGCCCAGUCGGCAGAGGAGGCUUUCCGACGACUCGCACUUUGCGAGCCUCCUCCAGACCAUGAAUUCCGCGUCUCGCUGGCGAAAGUCCUGAUGGAGUGUUCUUCCGUCAACAAGUCAUGCUCUGACAAGGCUCUGCAGGUGUUGAGUGGGCUGAUGCAGGAGGAUGACGAAAACGUCGAACUGUGGUAUCUCAUGGCGGUUGCCUUCAACAGCUUGCAACCUCCAGACUGCGAAAGUGCCAGGGCUCAUUUGAAUACGGCUGCCGAGAUGCUCUCUAAGAUUCGAACAGCGCAAGAGGAUAUGGGCGAGGAGUUUGCCUUCGAGGAUCAGGUGCAACUGGUUCAAGAGCAGCUGGAAGCGACGGCUCUCUUGGAAAGCAAAGAUGACUGUGAAAAGGACGAAGAUACAGAUAUGGGAGAGGACAGCAAGCCCAGUACGUCCAAGGCUGCCGAUGUUGUAAAAGAAGGACCAACGGAGAUGGACUGCGCAUGAACACGUCGGGCACAUGUAUUGCACGAGCCAGACGGCUGCUCAAGCUGCAUCUACAUUUCUCCUUUGAACCGUAGCCGCCUAUAUACGUCAAACCUGAAUCCGUGAUAGUGGGCUGUGACCAAGCACUCCUUUGCUUGUGAGUUGGUGCUUUCGUGCAGGAAACGAUUUCUAUGCGAACAUGGUUCAUCCGGCAUUGUGUUGUGAAGGCCUUAAGGGAUGUCAGUUCAUGUUGCGAUUGCGAAAAAUGUGGCUAAAUUUUUUCCGGGGAAAUCUUGUUGGGGAGAAAAUCUUUCGGGCAAGACCUUGGGGGACAAUUUUUGUGUAGGACAAAAUGUCGCGGUAUCGUAAUUGGACGGCCAAGCUCUUUUGUAUGUGACGGCUUCUUACGGUGACUACUGUGCCCUUCAAGGCAUGCACCGCCGUAGAGGACUCCAGUAUAAACCCCAGAUCGGAGCUCUUCUUUUCGAGACAAGACCGUGCGGUAUGCGUAGAAACUGGGAGUGACAGUGAAGAAGUGGCAUGACGAACAUUUGAAGCCAAAGGUUGACGGAGUGGCCAGCCGAUUCAAGAGGAAAAGGUCAUCAUUCAAGAGGGGCGUUCAUUCGCCACCGAACAAAAACACGUCAAUCUCUGCCCACUGGGAAGCACGGUAGACGCACUGUCCAGAGCCUGACGGCGCCCCCGUUCUCGGCAACUCCCCUGUGCCAUCCAUCGCCUCGUAUACGGACGCGAGGGGACGGAUGUCAAUUCCGAAAGCGCGGGCUACUUUCUCAAAGCUGCCACUGUUGCCGACCACAAUCCCGACAUCGGCAUCCAGCAUCGCCAGUAAGUCCGUGACGCUGUCCCCCACAUAGACCGUCAUGAGUCUUGGCGAAGACUCCGAGCUGGCGACAGAUUCUCGGGCCGUCGCCGCUAGGUCUAGGAAACGCUGAUGCUUGCCGAACGAUCCUGGUAUCUUCACCAAAAUCUCGCCUGUUGACACCCCGUG